GGCUCGGUUCUCGCCAUGGCAUUCGCAAGCUGGUGGUACAAGACGCAUGCCAGUGAGAAAACAAGUGGAUCACCGUCGUCGAAAGCAGGAGAAAAGAAAGCAGAUGAGAAAAAAGCAUCAAGUUUUGGGAGCAGUCAAGCCUCCAGAAUGCACACUAGUGGAGCAACCCCUUCCAGCAAGGUAUCAGCCUUCUCUGCUGCAACCAGUAAGCCUACCAGUAUGAAUCCCAAAGAAGCCAAGAUAGAAGGACCACUUUCUCCCAACAAGAAAAGACAAAGAAAGCAGGCUGUAAAAACUGAACCUGAGAAGGCACAAUUAACUAAGCCCAAGAGCUUGCCCAAGCAUGCCUCAGAUAAAGGAAGCGAGCAUGCUCAUAGUGAAAAAGCAGCUUCCAGAUCAAGCGAGCAGCCGACAAAAGAGAAAGCAACAGAGGCAAAGACUAAACCACAGGACACUGCUUCUGCGAGUGGAAAGACCAUUGUUGCUGGUGUCGCUGGAGCUGCUGGCAAACCAGAUGACAAGAAAAAAGAAAAGAAAUCACUCGCGCCAGCCGUACCAGUUGAAUCCAAGCCGAGUAAGCCGCCCGCCAAGUCAGGCAUGGAUGCCGCAUUGGAUGACUUAAUAGACACUUUGGGCGAGCCUGAAGAAACUGAAGAGAAUAAUACUAUCUACACUGGACCAGAAGUUUCGGAUCCAAUGAGUUCCAGAUACAUAGAAGAAUUGGGGAAAAGAGAGGUUACAAUUCCUCCAAAGUACAGGGAACUUUUGGCUAAAACUGAAGGAUUCAAGCCUCCUGCAGACUCUGGGAAACCCAUGGGGCCCGAAGAUGCCAUAGACGCCCUGUCAUCCGACUUCACCUGCAGCUCCCCUACCGCUGGUGGGAAAACGGCUGAGAAAGAGGAACCCACAGGAGAGGUUUUGAAAGCACAAUCAGCCGGGGUAAUCAAAAGUGCUGCUCCGCCCCACGAGAAGAAGAGAAAGGUGGAGGAGGAUACAAUGAGCGAUCAAGCACUUGAUGCCCUUUCUGCUUCGCUGGGAACCCGGAAAUCAGAGCCCGAGCUCGACCUAGGUGCCCUUAAGGAAGUUGAGGAGGCAAAAGCCAGAGAGGAAAAACUAAAGAAGUGUGGCGAAGAUGAAGAAACCGUUCCAUCUGAGUUCAGACUGAAACCAGCCACGGACAAGGAUGGAAAACCACUAUUGCCAGAGCCUGAAGAAAAAGCAAAGCUCCUGAGUGAAUCAGAACUUAUUGCUGAACUUUCUGAAGACUUUGAGCCCUCUAAAAGUAAAGAAAAACCACCCGCACCAAUGAAAAAAGUAGAAGAAGCUAAAGACCCCGCCCCAGCUCCUGUGGGAGAGACUGUGCCUCGGGCCUCCAUGUGCACUAUUCAGUCAGCACCAGCCAAGCCAGCUCCCUUGAAGGGUGCGGUGCCAGACGCUGCUGUGGACGCCUUGGCUGGUAGCCUGGGGAAGAGGGAAGCUGUUCCCGAAGAUGGAAAGCCUGUGGUGGAUAAAGUCAAGGAGAAGGCCAAAGAAGAAGACCAGGAAAAGCUUGGUGAGAAGGAAGAAACCAUCCCCCCUGAUUACCGAUUAGAAGAGACCAAGGAUAAAGAUGGAAAACCACUGCUGCCAAAAGAACCCCAGCCACAGCUCCCCCCCAUGAAUGAAGACCUCCUUCUCGAUGCCUUGUCUGAAGACUUCUCCGGUCCCCAAGACACAUCAUCUCUUAAGAUAGAUGAUGCCAAACUUUCCGCUGUCAUCACCGAAGUGGUCUCCCGAACCCCUGCGCCAACCACCCACUCGGCGGGCUCACCCCCUCAGGGGCCCCCGCAGGGUGACAACAAAGACCUCGAUGAUGCCCUGGAUCAACUUUCUGACAGCCUGGGACAGAGACAGCCCGACCCAGAUGAGAACAAACCAAUGGAGGAUAAAGUAAAGGAAAGAGCUCAGGCGGAGCAUAGAGACAAGCUGGGAGAGAGAGAUGACACGAUCCCACCGGAAUACCGCCACCUCCUGGACAACGAUGAUCAGGGCAAACCAGGGAAGCCAUCGAAAAAAAAAUCAAAGGAGGCAAAGAAACCUGCAGAUGACCAAGACCCCAUUGACGCCCUCUCCAAAGAACUGGACAGCUGCCCCUCGACUGCAGACACCUCAAAGAAAGCAGCAAAGGACAAAGGCAAGAAGACUGAUUCUGGCAGCAGAGCACCCAAGAGUGGGGGUAAAUCAAAGGAGUCAGAAAAGGCAAAGGAGGAAGCUUCCAAGCCAAAAGCGGAUGAAAGAAAUGCAAGUUAAAGCUCACAGUACUGGGUACCUGCACAAAAAAUAUUCAGCUGGUGGAUGGUGACUUUUGAAGAACAAAAAGGCUUUGGCAACAGACAACUUCUUCUGGGUGGUUUCUAGUGUGUAUUUGUUGAGUCUUUGGACAUCUCAAACAUUGGUUUGUUAUUCUUUUCCAGGAAAGAAAUUGAAUGUGUCUGGCUAACCUGUGUUAUUAUACUGUGGAUUGAUAAACUUUGAACUUUUUAAAAAUUGCCUUCAGUCCGGAGAGAAAGAGAGCUUUAUAUUUGUAAGAAAUAUAUUUGAUAAUGUUUCUUAAAGCAAUGCAUACCCAAAAAAAAGCCUUUGCAAACUUUUGCACAUUCUACACACAGUGCCUGUAAAUCUCAUUAGUAUUGCACUUUUGUCUUUGUUUUAAGCAUUCAGAGAACAUUGCAUUGAACUUUUCUCAACAUACUCAUUUCUCAUCGCCCCUCUCCUCCAGGGCUCCCGAGUUCUGGGUGCCGUGUCUGGGUUACUGUUGAGAAGAGCGUGUACACUGGGCACGGCUCUCUGCUAGGGCGGCUCAUCAUAACUUCGUAGUAGAGAGCCGGGCAGACCAGUGAGCACUGCGCUCUCCCUCACCAGGGCUCAGGACUGCAGCACCUUCUAGUCAGCACAAAGCCCGCUGGGACUUGAAUCAAGUCCUCCGAAGAGCGAAGUGCAGACCAGAUAAGUCACUGCACAGCAGGUUCCAAGGUUAAGAAAUAAAACCAAAGACGUCGGAUGUCCGUAUGGCUUGGGUGCUGUUGUUUCCUGCGGGAUUUAGCUCUGCUUUCUGUUCUCCGCACACCGUUUGUUUAGAACCACCGCCACCUUAGUUAAGUGCAUUGGGAUAGCAUCUGGCUGUAUGGGAUUUAAGGUCAACCAAAAAAAAAAAAAAUCAAAAAGUUUCCAUCUGUUUUUCCCCCACAGCCAUUUAAGAACUAGACUCUGAUAUCCUCCAACUUUGAAUGGUUUGUUAGCUCCUUCAGUAAUGAAGUUUCUGAGCGUAACACUGAUCUCAUUGAUGGAAUUUUGAUAGAUAUUUAAUUACACCUCUAAUUCCUGGUAAUAAAUGUGUCCAGAGAGCCUCACCUUUCUUGGCAUCUAUUUAAAACUUUUACUUAUUAGAGCUUAGCUGACACCACAAAAAAUAAGUUAUGUCACCAAUACUGUCUCUUGCAGGAGGGGCUAAGCACAGUAACAACUUUGCUGAGAAAGGUGGUCAAGUCUUGCUAAUGCUCCCUAAAAUUAGUCUAAAAACCAUGCACGCCGCCCAUGGGAUUUGAAGCUCUGCAAGAAAGCUGUUUCUUUUUUCCACCAGAGAGAGAGAGAGAGAGGGGAGAGUCACUAUUUUGUUCUGCGUCCGGGAGCUAUGAGGCAGGUUUAUGAUAGCUAAGUGGACUUCUCAAGCACUAACAAGAAAAUAAACUCUUUCUGAAGGGACUUUACCUAAGCAUUUGAUUUUCCCUUUGGGCAGUAAAACUGUUCGCUUUUAUUUUUAAGUUUUGUUUUAACAAAAAGAUUUAGAUCCCUUCUACACUGUAUGCUGUAUAUGCAAGCCCGUGGCUGAAGUGUGCCUAAUUGCCGGGCAUAUAUCGAGUUAUGUUUAAGUGACACACCAAAAACCCAGAGUUAAGAAACAUAUUUGCAGCACUUGAAUGUGCCUCCUUGUGACUGAGAAACGCCUUCGAGACUUCGGUGUUUGCUAGUAGUUAUGACUUGAAGAAAGGGCAGGAGUUUAGUCAGCCGUUUUCAGCCAUCUGAUUGGAAGGAAAUGACUGCAGGUAUCUGCCCAAAGAGCGAAAUCCGGUAGCUUUGUAUUCCCCAAACGGGCCUGCACACAGUCGUGGCAAUUCUGUAUCUCUUCAGAAAGUGGACUCUGUCCCUGACAGAUAGCUUCCGCAGAUGGCCCAGACUAAGGAUCAAGAUUUUCAUGUUUCAGUAAUCGAGAUGCAAAAUACAAUUAAAGCAAACUAUUUUAUAUUAA